GACUCUUGGGUACACAAGUUCCCAUUCUGCAUCCUCUCUCUCUCUCUGUGAUAAUUAAUGGAGAACAACGGAGAAGCGCCGCUUCUUACCUCUACACCCGGGUUAAAGAACGCUCACUUCACCGGCGAUGUCGAGGAUAUCCCUCCGAUCAAAGGAAUAACUGAUUUCUGUGUUCAAUUUGGAGUCGAAUCGAAGAAGCUCUGGUACCUAGCUGGUCCCGCCAUUUUCACUUCUAUUUGCCAAUACUCCCUUGGUGCCAUCACACAAACGUUUGCAGGUCAUGUUGGAACUCUCGAUCUCGCGGCUUUCUCUGUCGAAAACUCGGUCAUUGCCGGUUUUUCUUUGGGAAUUAUGGUAGGGAUGGGGAGCGCACUGGAGACUUUGUGUGGGCAAGCAUUUGGAGCAGGUCAAGUGGAUAUGUUAGGAACGUAUAUGCAGAGAUCGUGGAUUAUCCUGUUCGUCACCGCUCUCAUUAUGCUUCCCCUCUACCUUUUCGCAACUCCGUUACUCCUCUUGAUUGGACAAAAGGAAUCUAUAUCUUACGCGGCGGGGAAGAUGGCGCUAUGGAUGAUCCCGCAGCUCUUCGCUUACGCCUUCAAUUACCCAAUCGCUAAAUUUCUACAGGCGCAGAGUAAGAUCAUGGUGAUGUCUUACAUAGCGGCAGUGGCACUGGUUUUCCAUACCCUGUUUAGCUGGCUGUUCAUGUUGAAAUUGGAAUGGGGGCUUUGGGGAGGAGCUUUGGUGCUCAACUUUUCAUGGUGGUUCAUGGUGGUCGCUCAGAUGAUCUAUAUCCUCAGUGGUACAUGUGGUCGAGCAUGGUCAGGGUUUAGCUGGGCUGCCUUCACUAAUCUAUGGGAAUUCGUUAAACUCUCCUUUGCAUCAGCGAUCAUGCUUUGUUUGGAAACAUGGUAUUUUAUGGCAUUGGUCCUUUUUGCUGGAUAUCUAAAGAACGCCGAAGUUGCUGUGGAUGCACUUUCCAUAUGCACAAACAUUGUUGGGUGGGCAAUUAUGGUAGCAAUUGGAUUCAAUGCAGCAGUCAGUGUAAGGGUCUCAAAUGAAUUGGGUGCAGCCCACCCUAGAACUGCUAAGUUUUCAGUCGUCGUCGUCGUGAUUUCUGCAUUUUUCGUCGGUGUACUGCUGGCCAUCCUCCUUGUCAUUUUCCGGCAUCAAUAUCCGGCCAUAUUUGCUGAUAGUUUAGAAGUUCAACAAGCUGUUUACACGCUUACUCCAUUGCUAGCAGCGUGCCUUAUCAUUAACAAUAUUCAACCCGCACUCUCCGGGGUGGCAAUUGGGGCAGGAUGGCAAGCUGUGAUCGCUUAUAUCAACAUUGCAUGCUAUUACAUCUUUGGCAUACCUUUGGGACUCGCUUUGGGAUUCGGAGCCAAUUUUGGUGUCAUGGGUAUAUGGAUAGGCAUGUUGACUGGAACUGUGGUACAGACUCUAAUCUUGUUCUGGAUUUGCUACAGAACCAACUGGGACAAAGAGGCAUCGAUGGCUGAAGACAGAAUUAGACAAUGGGCAGGACAACCAGAGGAGGUGGUAGAUCAACCAAAGAUUUACUGAAGGAGAGUUAUGAUGAUUUAUUUUUGUUUGAUUCGAAUCUCAUUGGAUUUCAGAUAUAUUUUUGAAGGAAAUUAAUUGCAUUUUAACAAGUUUUACCAGAUGUAUACAAACUUUAAGUGCGAUUAUUUACUUCAAUUUCUCCAAACGAUAAUGAUCCAACAUGCCCAAGAUUAAACU